ACAAGAUUCACAUUCAUCAGGCUGUAAUGCGAUGGGCAAGGAAGAGCACCUGCUGCACCGCCAUUCACAUUCUCGACUCGGAAAGCUUGAGCUGCAAGUCUCUCUCCUCUUCUGGUUGCGAAACGGGCCCGCAUACAUUCUCGCAGACAAAUCGUCGUGAGAUCUUCUCUCACCACUCAUACCACCACCAUCCGCAAGCAAAGGCUACGCACAGAGAAGCUCUCAUCAAACGUGUACCCAUCUACGGAUAGAUGGUCAGCCUUCUCACAGUCUCGUCCAAGAUCUUCAGACCAAAAGCAAGUCGCAGCGACAGCAUCUUAGCUGUGCUGCGUCCAGUCGCUCCUACUCGACCCCCAGCUCGGCCAUUGUCCUACUCUUCGCAGCUCACUGCCCGCGCCCUUCCCAUUCCAACCACCAGAGCUGCGCAGUCGCGAGCCAAUCCUUUCGUCGCGCAUCUUCGCACCCUGCGCACCUCACCGAAGCUCAGCAUGGCGUCCAUUACCACUCGCAAAGCGGAUCAGCCCACUCUGUUCAUCGAUGGGCAAUGGCGCUUCAGCUCUGAUGGUCGAAGCAGACCCAGCAUCAAUCCGUGGGAUGGGUCCAUCAUCACGCACGUGAGCGAAGCAUCCCCAUCCGACGCAUCCCUCGCCAUUUCUUCCUCCUCGCACUUCUUCAAGACGUCUUCGUUUGCCCAUCUCACGUUCUCCGAACGUGCAGGUCUGCUGAGCAAGAUCGCUGAUCUGCUCCAGAGGGACAAGAAGAGACUGUCCGAGAUCGAGACGAAAGAUACGGGAAAGACUUUGGCGGAGAGCGAGACGGAUGUAGAUGAUGUGACCAACGUUUUUAGGUUCUACGCGGAGGAAGCUCCAAAGUUGGACAUACCUAGACGGAUAACGGGGCAUGAUGUACCCGACAGCGUGGAGAGCAUCACUGUAAAGGAUCCCGUUGGGGUGUGCGUGCUCAUUGCACCAUGGAACUACCCGCUCCUGCAAAUUUGCUGGAAAUUGGCGCCAGCCCUAGCAGCGGGCAAUGCCUGCAUCAUCAAACCUUCCGAGGUCACACCCCUUGUGACGAUCGAGCUGGUCAAGCUGAUGCUCGAGGCUGGCGUACCUCCAAAAGCUUUGCAACUGCUCACCGCCGGCGGCGAGAGUGUGGGUCCCACGCUUACGGAAUCGGAGGAUGUGGAUCUGGUCAGCUUUACUGGUGGACUCAACACUGGCAGGUCGAUACUCAAGAGUGCUGCUGGUACUGUCAAACGCACAUGCGUAGAGCUUGGAGGCAAGAAUCCACAAGUCGUCUUUGCAGAUACACCGCUAGACAGGGCCAUUGAUACUGUCCUCACUUCCGUCUUUCUGCAUUCUGGCCAAGUUUGCACUUCAGCCACGAGACUGAUCGUCGAAGAGUCUAUAGCCGACGCCGUUGUCUCGGGUGUAGUGGAGCGCGCAUCCCAAAUCCGUCUAGGGAAUGGAUUGGAUCCAUCAUCCGAGACGGGUCCCUUGGUCAGUGCAGCGCAUCUAGCAAAAAUGGAUCAAUACAUUGCGAUGGGCAAAAAGGACGGAGCUGUUCUGAGAUGCGGAGGAAGCAAACCUGAUAGGAAUGAUGAGAGGUACCGUCAUUUGCACAAGGAUGGCUUCUUCUUUCUGCCCACUGUCUUUGAUAAGUGCCAUCGGGACAUGCAGAUUGUGCAGGCCGAAACUUUUGGUCCCAUCCUAACCGUCGAGAGGUUUGCGAACGGCGAUGAGGAGAGAGCAAUCUUUUUGGCGAACGACACAAAGUACGGUCUGGGAGGAGGAGUGCAAUCGGGCGACGCUGCCAAAGCUUCCAGAGUGGCCCGACGCUUGAGGCACGGCACAGUGUGGACGAACACGUACGGAGCUUACACGCCCAGAGCAGAGUGGGGCGGCUUUGGUAUGAGCGGCAAUGGUCGAGAGCUCGGUUUGGCAGGUAUCGAAGAGUACGUCGAGACCAAGCAUAUGUACACUGAGACGAAUCCUGCUCUCAUGGGCUGGUUCAAAGGACUGCCGCAAAGUGAACCCAACAAAGCCAAGCUAUGAAAGCAGAGCCAUCAUCAAUGCGAUUAUUGAGUUGAUCCCGUCUCCGACAUAUCUUAGAUGUACGGAGCUGCAGACUUGCAUCGCGACCUUUGAGGCUUUGCGUAGCAGGAAUUCUUACAUACUCAGGCCGAAUCCAAACGCAUUCUUGAGACCAUCGAUUACGAUUCGUGAGCGUCAGAGCCGAAACAAAAGUCCUCGGGUUGGAGACUGGAGAGAGCGAGAGCGGGGUCGGGAACGAGGCGGGUGCGGGGGGACUACAGUGCGAGCGAGAGCAACAUGUUCAUUGGUACGAAGAGAGCGCAAAGAGUCAUGAUCGUCUCAUUUUGA